CUUUCACAAAAAUAAGUAAAAUAACCCAAUUAGUUUCUGACGCAAAUUAAAAAGAACUGAGUAGUACUAUUCAGUUGUGGUGUCUUGGAAAUUGAGAUUUGAAAUCCAGUAAUAGUAUUGGGUCAUUAACUAUUCCAAAUGGGUACAAACAAACCAGUGAAAUACGCUGUGGUUGAUGCAUUUACCCCGAUUGAGUUUAAGGGUAAUCCUGCUGCUGUUUGCUUAUUGGAGGAACAAAAACAAGAUGUUUGGCUUCAGUCACUUGCUACUGAAUUUAACCUCUCUGAGACUUGUUAUCUCACCCCUCUUUCUCUUUCUGAUUCCGCUCAUCCUAGGUUUCAUCUUCGUUGGUUUACUCCUGUUACUGAGGUCAAACUCUGUGGUCACGCAACCUUAGCAGCUGCGCAUUAUUGUUUCACAUAUGGCUUAGUGAAGGGAAACACUGUAGAAUUUUCGACAAUCUCUGGCAUCUUGACGGCCAAGAGAGUGUUUGAACCGAAAGGGUCUGGCUCACCCGAGUCUGAAAAUGUUGAAGUGAAACAACCAUACUUAAUUCAAUUAGAUUUUCCUGCACCUGCAGUGACUGAUUGUACUAUGGAGGAGACCUCAUUGUUAUCUAAGAUACUAGGUCAUGCUUCUGUGAUUGACAUGAAGAAAACCGCGUUAGAUGAUCUCUUAGUUGUCUUGCCUUCAUCAGAAGACGUUAUAGAUGCGUGUUUGGAACUCGAGGAAAUCAAAAAGUUGUCUGAAAGGGGCUUGAUCAUAUGUGCUGCUGGGCCAUCUGGAUCUGGUUUUGAUUUUUUCAGUCGAUUCUUCGCUCCAAAUUUUGGAAUCGAUGAGGAUCCAGUUUGUGGAAGUGCUCAUUGUGCUUUAGCAGUUUACUGGUCCAAGAAGCUGGGAAAGUGCGAUCUACACGCAUAUGCGGCAUCACCUCGAAGUGGAACUUUGAAGCUGCAGUUAGACGAGCAAAACGAUAGAGUUAAACUGCUGGGGAAAGCCGUUACUGUGAUGGAAGGCUCUAUUCUGGUGUAAUAUGAAAUGGCUCAAAAUGUCUAUAUUGAAGAAACUAUAAAGUAUUUUUUCUUCUUAAUAAAGAUUCACAAGUACUUGUUGCCCUACCAAUUGAUGUAUUAUGUGAUGGAACCUCUGUAUGUUUGAGUGAGUGAAUUUCCAAGGUUAUAUCUGUAAUAAACAAAAUGAAUUACAAUUUACAACAUGUGCUCAUCUAAGCCUUGUAGUCGCUUGCCUGAUCA